AAAUACAGAACAUGAUAAAUAGAAUCAAGAGGAUAUUUGGAUUUGAUAAAGACCAGCCAGAAAAUACAAAAUUGGAUUUCCCAAAGCUGAAGGAAAUAGAAGAUGAUGUUUUUAUUAAAGACUUACGAGAAAAGACUUUGAAAUAUGUUCCCUUACUAGAAGAAGAUUGUUUAUCAUGUAAAUUAAUCUCCACUGGAAUCACACUUGGUACAUCUAUUUACAUUAUGAUUACAGCCUGUAAACUCACACCAAAACAACCCACAGUCACUAAAAAGGUUUCUGUCAUAGUGUGUGGAUCCUCUGUUUCAUUAGUACUUGCAUUUCUGGCAUAUACAAGAUUUUUUGAUGCAGAAUUUUUCACCAGUGAGAAACCAUUCCUAGAAAUGUUGGAGGAUGAAAAAGCAAAGUUAAAAGAAUUAGCAAAGAAGAAAUGAAAAUAUACAAAGUUUUACAAAAUUAUUUCAAUUUUUGACAUUUUAAUUGACCAUGUCAGAAGCUAUGAGCCAUAUUGACAACUUAGUGAGACAAACUGCUAUAUAGAAAUUUGGAUUAUCCUUACUGUUUCAAUGAUAAAACAACUGCCAAUCUACAUUUUCAUUCAGUUAAAAUUUAGUUUUGAAUGGUGUGUGAUGAAUAUGUUUACAAGAAGGGUGUUUUUGUGGGAUCAUCUUAAAGGGAUCUAAACAUUUUGAAGAGCUCAAUUUUAGCCUCUCACAAUCUGACAUAUGUUUUGAAAAUUUAUACUUAACCUCCAUUAGCUAUUGAUUUGACAAAAACUAUUACAAUUUCUUCUGUUUCAACACGGUUCCAUGUAGUCAUUUUUACAUUAUAUUUUUUGAUGAAAACAUAUGAAUAUAAUAGAAUUUAGAAGAACACUCUUGAUUGGUACCUGUAUAACAAGAGACAAAAUUGUGACAACUUUGAUGACAUUGGCUGUAACAUCAAUAUUUUGAUUAUUCAAAUAUAUUAUGUUUUGUAAUUUUUUUGUCAAUUUAGUACAGUCUAAAAGAGGUAUAUAGUCAGUAGUUCUUUGGAAGUUUAUUUCAUGUGCAAUUUUGAGAAAGGAAAUAUGUUUAUAUCAUGUGUAAAACUGUUGAUCCUUAGACUUCUAUAGAUCGAAAGACAUUUGUUAUGAAACACAAGUGAGAAUUUAAUUGGAUUUGUGUGAAAUGACAAAAGAAAAAAAUCAACUCACAGUGGUCAAAGACUAGCAUAGAAGAAGCGUCUCAUGUUCCACUACCAUAAAAUGUUAUGCAAUAAGAUUUUUCGCUUAUUAUGUUUACAGUAGGCCUAAUUGAUUAUUCCUUAUUCAAUAAUUGUUAUAUAGCCUUCCAAUUUAAACCAAAUAAAUCCAGUUUU